UUUCCCUUCCAGCAAGUGCGUCUGAGUAAGAAACCUGAAGUUUGUUCUAAAGUUUGUGGGAGCUGAGGUGAGGUGAGGCUGCGCCUAAGUGGACAUUUUUAAAAGCCUGCAGUCUUGUCAACUUUUUUUUUUUUUUUAAGGAAAAUUUAAUUGAAAUAAUAACAGCUGACAGCCUGGCGUUAGUUUAUGUAUUUUGGGGCAAAAAGGGACAUCUAUUUUUCGUGCCAAAUACCUCGAACAAAAGAAAGAAUUUCAACGCACGCGGUGGAUUCAUGAGAAGUGCAACUAAGCCAAAUUGGUUGUAAUCUGGAUUCCGUGAUGUAUAUGUGAAAGUUUUCCCCCAUCCGAAUUGAUUUCGUUCGGACAAGGGGAGACUUUCAUGGAUUUUUUAUGCGGGACCCGCUAGGAUGGACGUGGUAGAUGAAACAGAAGCUUUACAGAGAUUUUUUGAAGGUCAUGAUAUUACCAGCUCUCUGGAGCCAGCCAACAUUGACACCAGUAUCCUGGAAGAGUACAUCAGCAAAGAGGACGAUAGCACUGACAUCUGCUUCUCAGAGGUCCACAGCACCCCAGGACCAAAUUAUUCAUCUCCCCAGGCAGGAGUGUCCUCCUCUGGAGGAUUGGUGUGUGGUGUGAGCCCCCCUAUUCCACUUCGCCAAGGAGCCCCUCCACCUGGGCCCCCUAGCUGUCAGAACGCCUACCCUCAGGGUCCAGCUCUGGGCCUUCGACACAACUACCCUUGUCUGGGACAGCAGCAGCAGCCCCAACAGCAUCAGCAACAGGGUCACGCCAAGCCAGAGCACAGGGGCCACUACGCUCCAGGGACAUUACCUGAGUCCCCCCCAGACUCCAGCUCUGAGCCGUACUCUCCUCAACAGGUGAAUGAUCCUCAUAUGAUUAGGACCAUGACACCAGAGAACAUGUGUCACAUGACUCCUACGCCACCUCUCCCGCCACAUGGACACUAUCCCAGCAUGCAUCGGGACAUGUACCUGAAGCCUGAGCCCAUGAUUUCACAGUACCCCAUUGGACCAGCUACGAGUGGGAGCGGGGACAUGCAGCAAACGCAGAUGCUCCACCAGCUGCUGCACCAGCCGCAUCCUCAGGGACAAGAUGGCGUCCCCGUUCAUCAGGCCAAGAAGAGGAAGCACUCCGAUUCACCCAACAGCACCUUGAAUUCCCAAAUCCUCACAGGUAUCAUCAAACAAGAACCAGGUUUGAUGCAGGAUGCAGACAACUCCUACCUGGACCCAAACUAUCAGUGCAUUAAGUGGCAGCCGCACCAGCAAAACAAGUGGACAACACUUUAUGAUGCCAACUGCAAAGAGCUGCCGAUGCCGACCUACCGUGUUGACGCUGACAAAGGGUUCAACUUCUCCUUGGCUGACGAUGCCUUUGUUUGCCAGAAGAAGAACCAUUUCCAGGUCACGGUGUACGUUGGGAUGCUUGGCGAUCCCAAAUACAUCAAGACCAAUGACGUCCUGCAACCAAUUGACUGCUUUUACCUCAAACUCAAUGGAGUAAAGGUGGAAGCCAUGAAUCAGUCCAUCAGUGUUGAGCAGUCACAGUCGGACCGCAGCAAGAGACCCUUCAAGCCAGUUCUCGUCACAUUGCCACAGGAUCAGGUCACAAAAGUCACUGUGGGACGACUUCACUUUAGCGAGACCACAGCCAAUAACAUGCGGAAGAAAGGCAAACCAAAUCCUGAUCAGAGGUAUUUCAUGCUGGUGGUGGCGCUGCAUGCACAGUCCCACAGUCAGAGCUACACUGUGGCUGCUCAUGUAUCUGAGAGGAUCAUCGUCAGGGUAACGUCUGGCCAUGCAUCUAAUCCAGGCCAAUUUGAAAGUGACAACGAGGUGCUGUGGCAGCGUGGCCAGAUGCCAGACUCAGUGUACCACCACGGCAGAGUGGGAGUUAAUACUGACCGCCCAGAUGAGGCCCUUGUUGUCCACGGAAACCUGAAGGUCAUGGGCUCGUUGGUCCAUCCAUCUGACAUCAGGGCCAAAGAAAAUGUUCAGGAGGUUGACACCACAGACAAUUUAAAAAGGAUUUCCCAGAUGAGGCUGGUUCAUUACCACUACAAGCCUGAGUUUGCUGCCACCGUAGGCAUAGAGAACACUGCAGAAACUGGAGUAAUUGCCCAAGAGGUUCAACAAAUCUUGCCUGAAGCAGUGAAGGAGGGAGGUGAUAUUGUGUGUGCCAAUGGAGAAACGAUUCCCAACCUGCUAGUUGUGAAUAAGGAUCGUAUCUUUAUGGAGAACGUUGGAGCUGUGAAGGAGCUCUGUAAGCUGACUGACAAUUUGGAGACUCGUAUUGAUGAACUGGAGCGCUGGAGCCGCAAACUGGCCAAGCUGCGUCGCCUUGACAGCAUGAAGAGCACCGUGAGUGGAGGCACAGUGAGCCAAUCAGGAAGUUAUUUUAGCAGAACAGGAAGUGGGCCGCUCAAGAAGAGUCCGGCCAAAUCUGGGAGCAAGAACUCUCCCCCAGAUCAGGGCUGCAUCAAUCAGAGGUUCAUGCAGGGGACCAUUCUGGCUCUGGUUGUCGUCAUGGCCUUCAGUGUCAUUUCCAUGUCAGUCCUUUAUGUACUCACCCUUCAUCAUAGAGGAGACAUCACAGAGAAAGAUGGCUAUGUUCCUCUCUGUGUUUUCCACUUCUCUUGGAUGCCCAUCUUCACUGCCACUGUAACUGUCUGUCCACCUGUCUGCACAUGGUCCAGAGCAGCCCUGGGAUCCUCUCGGAAGAUGCCAUACACUCCACCAUCACCAACACCUGCACCAGCUUGCUGUUCAACCACAGCUAUAAACAACCAAUCAGCUACCACCCUGGCACCAAGCACCAAUCAAUCUACACCAGGUUUAAGCAGCUUGGUUCCCACACCAGGCACUAUCAAUAAGAAGGCCAAGUCCAGGUCAAUGGACAAGGAUGGCCACAACCGAAACCGUCUGAGUCAUACGUCUUCACCCAUGUACUUUGCCAAGUCGAAGAGGCCUGUCUCCACAGACGGAGUGGGAACCACCAACCGUCUACCUGGGGGGCAACAGCCUGCACCACGAAGACAGCGCAGCAUUCACGCUAAAGGAGGAAGGGUAGCCCCCUCACUCACCAGUGUCCACAUCAUAGAGACAAACCAAGAAAUCACUGCUCAGAGUUGUGCAACAGCUGAGAGCUGCAGCUAUACAAUUUCACUUCUUGGACAAAGAAAUUCCUCCAUCUCACAAAUUACUUUGCACAUGAUGUCCACAAACAGUGUGUGGGUACAACAAUGUGGAGCCACCAAAGGACGUUUAUGCAGCAACCACACAGAGAAAGAGCUUUACAGAGAACAGAGUACAUCAACAAAGGGGACUCACCACUUGUGGUCAGUGCCUGUGUUGUCUUUCCAGGAUGUCACUUAUCACUUCCGUGUCUCUCUGUCUGAUGAAGUGAAUUGUGCCACUGAAGGAAAAACGUCUUCCUAUUCUGAUUACCAUUUUGUCAUUCGAAGCAGCUGUGCAUGAGGAGGAAGAAGAUGUGCCUCAGUGUCUUUAAACUUCACCUUAUAUUUCUCCUUUGUGGUUUCUGUUGUACGCUGUUGUGAUUAGAUGGAUUUUUGACUCAUUAUUGGACAUUAUUUUAAGGUAAUUCAUAAAGAGUAAACUAUAUAGUGCAGCACUGUCCCCCACUAUAACCCCCUCUGCAACAUCUCAUUGUUCCUGUCAACACUGGAGUAUGACACACUGAAGUCUUUUUGAUGUAACUGACACUAUUAAAGGCCGCUGUAAAAACAAGCCUGAUAGGUUCAUGGUUGAAGUUGUUGCAGAUCACUAUGUAUUCCAUUCUUGUUAUAAGCCAUAAUUACUGUUUAACAGGCUGGGAUUUUGUAGAUGAACUGCACACAUUUUAGUUUUGAUUUGUAAAACCACAGAUAUGUGUGUACAUUAAAGCCUGUUUUUUCAACAAACCCUUCCAGUACAUUUAAACAGUGAGGAGGAGAUCAGAAGCUUCUUCUGAAUGCCUUACAUGUUUAAUAUACCUCAGUAAUGCCCAUUAGCAAAUCCGGCUCCAGGCACCUGAUGCAGACUGUAUGGUCAAGCAGCAUCUGACAACAACACUAUACAGUUAUAGCACUGAAUUAAAUUAGUCAAUGUGCCCAGAAUGUGACCAGAUAACUCCUGAUGUGGAAAUCUCCUGUAGAUUUAGGAAUCCUCCCCCAAGUCAAACUGAUUUGUGUUGAAAUCACUGAAGGACAUAUGUGCGUGUUAGGACUGGAACAUGAAACAAAUCACUGGAAAUGAACAUGUCCACACACUGAAAGGUCUUUGUUUCUCAUGGGGUCCUAUACUGACAAUAUUUCAAGAUACACUGGAAUAGCUUACACUGUAUUUAGCUAACUGGACAAUGCUGGUGAGGCAAUAAAUUGCAUAUAUCAAUUCAGGUGCAUGCCCAAUCAUUUCUUUAAAAGUAUACAUCAUAACUCAGAGGCAAGAUCUAAAUAUUUGGAUAAUAAAGAUCAAUGUGUUUUAAUACGAAACCAGAGAAGAAUUUGGACAUUUUACACUGGAUACUCUCUCAUGUAUUUCUGUAUAUGUUUUAAAAGUCUUUCCCCUUGCCUAUAAAACUAAGAUUAUGCAAUGAUAACACUUUGGGUUUAACUGAAAUAUAUAACCUUUUCCCUUUUCCAAGUAAUUUUCCACUUAUUUUCAGACAUUUGGUUUAAAACUUCUUUUAAAUCUAUAUCAUUCAGAAAAAUGCAAUAGUGUAACUCAAAUGUAACAUCAACAUUGAAUAGGAAAAACAGUCAUCAAAUGAAGGUCAUAGAAUUUAUGAUAUAAAGACCCUGUACAGUGAUUAUACUGUAUCCUUGUGAGCACUGUGUACUGUUUAAGCUUAUUUAUAUUGCACCAGCUUGCAUAAUGAAACCACUGUAGCACUUUUUGCACUGUAUAUAUGAACUGCUUUUGUUGUAUUCCAUGUCAGAUUGGGGUCAGGUCCUUUAUUAGAACUGCAUUACAUGUAACUGUACUGCAUAAUUUUAUUACUACCAAUGCCCCUUUUUAUCUGUUGUAUUUUAUUGUGUUUUAUUUUUCCCCAAGUUUUUUAUCAUUAAUAUAUUAAUUUUUAGCUUUUGGUGCUGGGAAAUUAUUGAGGAGCACAAGAGCACACGUAUACACACAUUUGUAAUUCUGGUAGUAUUUGUUAAAAGUUAAGUUGCCCAAGGCAAAAUGUAAUUGGCUGUAUUAAUAUCACUACUUUAUAGACUUUCUUUUCGUUACAAUUGGAGGCUUUUGUGGAAAAAAAAUGCUUUAAUACGAUGGUUGCAUGCAGUAAAUAAAAUUGU